AUGUCUUUGAACGCAUCAGAAAGCACAGAAAAAGAUAUUGAACGAAAGCAAAAUUUGCUAAUUACCAAAGGAGAAUCGAACCUGAGUAUACUUAGACGUUUUGGAGUUGCAAUUGACCAGACAUUGAUCAAAGGAUUCACCCCGGGUUUAUUUGUUACUGUUAUGGGUCCAGGAGUAUCGAGUUGCAUUUUAUACAAUUUUCCAUACCCAUCAAGAUGGCUCGAGAUAUGUGGGUGCAUUAUGUUUGGGGUUGCCGUGAUAUUUUUGAUUGCAACACUUACCUGCUUUGUUGUAUCCCUAUGGCGGUAUCCGAAAAAAUUUGCAUCCUAUACUAGCGAUCCUAAGACCGCACCUUAUAUGGGAUGCUUGUCAAUGGGAUACAACACCUUGGUAAACUUUCUUUACUUCUUGACGGAGAACUGGGCCAUCGGUAUCUUCGUCUUAUGGUGGAUAUCGGUGAUAUUGGCAUUAUAUACGGCGUUCAUUGUAUUCUAUAGUUCCUUUCUUGCCAAACAGAAAUCGAAGUCUAAUUACUUGGACCCAAAAGAUUUACAUACAACGUUGUUGUUACCCAUGGUCACACUUAUCGUGUCUGCAUCUUCAGCUAAUCUAUUUGCUCUUGAAUUACCCUCCGUUAACUUACAGAUCAUGACCAUGAUCAUAAGCUAUAUCAUGUGGUCCAUUGGCAUUAUGAUGGCAACAAUAAUCAUCUCUGUGCAUUAUUGGAGGCUAUUCGUAUUCAAGAUACCUCCCACGAAUCUAAUCUUCACUACGUUUUUGCCCAGUGGUGUUUGCGGCCAAAGUUCAUAUUUCAUUCUUUUGUUUGGCAAUAACAUCUAUAAGCUUCUAGUUAAGCACCACGACACCUUAUUAUCGUCGCAUUUUUUGCAUAUUCCUGGCUACAUGGAUAUUUCAUCCGUUAACACGCUAGAGAUAAGCAUUUCCAUGGGCCAAGUAGUGUUGAUAAUCGCCGCUAUGGUCGGCCUAUUCCUUCUCUCGUUUGGAUACUUCUGCACUUACGUCGCUGUGAUCUCAUGUAUUUCAAAAAUACCGCCUUUCACCAAUAACUACAAUCUUGAGUAUGCUUACAAUCCAUUGAGCCAGAAUCCUUUUACGAGAAUAUUUACAGGCUUUAUUGCAUUCAAUAGAACCUACUGGGCAAUGACUUUCCCAUUAGGCACCAUGGCUUUAUCCAACCACCAGCUUGCAGAAAAUUUUGGUGGCUUAGAAGCAUUUCGAGUUAUGGCGACUAUAUAUGAUGUAGCAUUAUUAGUUAUCACAGUUGGUUGCAUUUGUGGAGUGGUUUAUAAAAUUAUAUGCUUUUCGAAAUGUGUCUUCAAUGGUACAGACUAUAAAUAA